AUGUCAAAAGAGCGCUUUAUGGAAAUACGCAAAGAGAAGGUGCCUGACGGGGCAGAAGUAAACGGUUUAGCAACUUGCACAUCCUGCGGGAAUUGUGGCUACAAGGAGCAUCGCUCAGGGAACUGCCCAGCACUCGGAAAACAAUGCAGCAAGUGCGGACUUCGAAACCACUUCGCCAAGGUCUGCCGCGGACCGCCACGGAGGACCCAGAAGCCACAGAAGAGGAAUCCCAGGAAAGGGAAGAAGCUGAACGAGGUUCGCGUAGAGACAUCUCAGAGUGAGAGCGACGAAGACUACCUGCUCUGUCACGUGUCGGUUGGCAGUGUCCAAGCAGAUGACCGUUGGACGACGGAGAUAAGCAUCGAGCAGGACAAGUUACGCUGCAAGAUGGACACAGGAGCAAAUUGCUCAGUGAUCCCUUUGAGGCUGGUGAAGAUGAUCACGACGAAGCACGUCAUGAAGAGCCGUGCAGCACUGAAGACUUUCUUCGGGUUCAGUAAGCGAGCUGUUGGAAAGGUUGUCCUUGAAGUGUCGACACCGCGCCAAAGGGUUCUCGAAGAUUUCUUCGUUGUGGAUGAAGACGUACAGACAACGCUUAGUGGAAGCCUUUGCGAAAGGCUUGGUCUUCUCAACCGAGUCGGAUCCCUCGGCGCACCGACACAGAAUAACGCUGCUCAGUUUGACCCGGCCAAAAUGUUUGAAGAUGUCUUUAUUGGUCUGGGGAAACUCAGGGGAGUCAAGUAUCGGAUGAAGUUGCGACCCGGAUCACAAGGCAUAGUACGGCCGGCACGAAAGGUUCCGCUAGCACUCAGGGAUAAAGUGAAAGCUGAACUCCAAAGGAUGGAGGCUGAUGGAGUCAUUGAGAGGGUUAACGAGCCCACCGACUGGUCCAGCUACAUGGUGGUCGUCUCCAAACCAGGAAAGCUGAGGAUCUGCAUGGAUCCGGUCGACCUUAACAAAGCCCUACGGCGGGAGCACUAUCCCAUGAAAACUCUGGAGGAGGUGGCAUCCAAGCUGGCGGGAGCAAAAAUUUUCUCCACGCUGGACGCAUCGUCGGGAUUCUGGCAGAUUCCUCUCGAUGACGACAGCUCGAGAAUAUGCACCAUGAGCACACCAUAUGGGCGGUACCGUUUCACACGAAUGCCUUUCGGGAUUUGUACCGCGCCUGAAGUCUUCCAGAAGGCCAUGAAUGAUGUACUGGAAGGCCUCCCUCAUGUUCAAGUCGUGAUGGAUGAUAUCCUGGUGUGGGGUACCGACAAGGAAGACCACGACCAAAACUUGCAACGUCUGCUCCAGAGAUGCAGAGAAGUCAACCUGAAGUUAAAUCUGAAGAAAUGUCAGUUUUCAAGAACUGAAGUUAAAUACCUCGGACACAUACUCACGACGGAAGGGUUGAAAGUUGACCCAAACCGGGUUGAAGACAUCAGGGCCAUCGCACCGCCAAAGAACGUACAUGAGCUCCGAACGUUUUUAGGAAUGAUUACCUACGUUUCAAGCUUCAUUCCGAGACUUUCUCACCACACAUCAGAGCUCCGAGAGCUCCUUAAAAAAGGCAAUGCAUGGGUAUGGACUGAAGUGCACCAAACUGCCUUCGAGCAUUUAAAGGAAGCUCUCACCAAGACGCCAGUUCUGGCUUACUACCAGCCUGGAAAGCAAAUCACUCUAUCUGUAGACGCCAGCCAGUACGGCAUGGGGGCCGUUGUGAUGCAAGAAGGAAAACCCCUAGCCUAUUCAUCAAGAUCCUUCACAGGGGCACAAGAAAAAUAUGCACAAAUCGAAAAAGAAAUGCUUGCGAUUGUACAUGGCUGCAAGAAAUUUCACCACUACAUAUUCGGACAACACACAGUCGUGGUAGAAACUGAUCAUAAGCCGCUGCAGGCCAUCUUCGCAAAAUCUCUGCAUGAGUGUCCUCAACGCCUACAGCGCAUGAGACUUUGUUUGCAAGCCUACUCAUUGGACGUAAGGUACAGACCUGGCAAAGAACAGCUUCUGCCAGACGGCCUGUCAAGAUUUCCAACAACAGAAGUCAUGGACGAAACGGACGAGAUGCUUCAAGUAAACACCCUACAGGAACUUCCCAUUGCAGAAAGGAGACUGCAACUCAUAAGGGAAGCUACAAAAACAGAUGAACAGCUGCAGCUUCUUUCCAAGUACGCAGACUCUGGUUGGCCUGUACAUCGAGGGCAGGUUCCCAGCCUGGCAGUGGAAUUUUGGCCUCACAGAGAAGAUAUCCACAUGGAAGAUGGCAUUGUUCUGCGCUCGGACAGGGUCGUCAUUCCGUUUUCGAUGAGGAAGUCUGUUCUCAAGCACCUGCACGCCGCGCACGUCGGUAAGGAAAAGAUGAAAAGAAGAGCAAGAUGCACCGUGUUUUGGCCAAAGUUGAACGAUGCCAUCGACAAGGUCUGCGACAACUGCGCCGAGUGUCAAGCAAACAAGCCGAGGAACAAGAAAAUGCCAAUGUUGUCUCAUGAGAUCCCGAGGUUGCCAUGGGAGCGUGUUGGGCUGGACCUGUUCGCACACGGCCACAAGAUGUACAUAGUCAUGGUUGAUUUUUAUUCAUUCUACUUCGAGGUUCAGGAAUUACAAACUGCAAACGCCCGCCAAAUCAACAACUUCUGCAUGAAAGUAUUCGCCACCCAUGGGCUGCCGGUAACUUUGGUGAGCGACAAUGGUCCUCCGUUCAGCAGCUAUGAGUUCAAGCAGUUCUUGGAACACCUCCAGAUUCGUCAUAUUACAGCUAGCCCCUACCAUCCGAGAAGUAACGGCAUGGCGGAGCGUGCCGUGCAAGAGGCCAAGAAGCUUCUUCGUAGGACAUCGACGGCUGAGGAGUUUUAUUACGCACUCUUGGAGUGGCGUAACAGUCCACGCGACAGUGUCUUGAAGUCUCCGGUACAACGGCUGAUGAGUCGCCAAACCCGAACCUUGGUACCCUGCGCUACGGAGCACUACAAGCCUGUUGUGGUUCCACCGGACACCGUGAGAGAAAGACUCAGCGAGAUACGUCAACAGCAAAAGAAAUUCUACGACCGAGGAACACGGCCGCUCCCUGAAGUGGAAAAGGGGUCAAGAGUGACCAUCUACGACACGAAUAAGAAAACGUGGUCUCCAGCCAUCGUCGUAGGACAUGCAACCAGCCCAAGAUCAUAUGAUGUUUCCACCCAAGAUGGAGUUACCAGGACGAGGACCAGGGAGCAUCUCAGAAUGCAAGCACCCAUGGAUCAUGUGGAGGCGGAAGACUCAUCGACUGGAGAAGUGCCAGCACCCCCACGCAGAAGCACAAGGGCGAAGAAACAACCGAAACGCUACCCGGACUGA